CACUGGUUAUGGCGAAUGUCUCCUGGAUGAGCCCUCGGGGAGGACGUAUAACCUUCCUAACCAGCUCCCAGGUCAACUCUACAAUGCCAACCGGCAGUGUGAACUCAUGUUCGGCCCUGGAUCACAAGUCUGUCCGUUUAUGAAACAGUGCAAGCGUCUGUGGUGCACCAGUGCUGAAGGUGACCAUAAAGGAUGCCGAACACAGCACAUGCCGCUCGCUGAUGGGACGGAUUGCGGAUAUGGCAUGUACUGCAGGCACGGCAUGUGUGUGAAUAAGCAGCAGGACCUGAAGCCGGUGGAUGGUGAGUGGGGCCCCUGGGGGCCGUACAGCGUCUGCUCCAGAACCUGUGGAGGAGGAACACGCAGCAGCAGCAGAGACUGCAACAAACCUGAGCCGAGGAGCGGCGGGCGCUUCUGUGUGGGCCGCAGGAUGAAGUUUCGCUCCUGCAACACAGAUGCCUGUCCUCGAGGACAGAGAGACUUCAGAGAGGAGCAGUGCUCACAGUUCAACAACAGACACUUCAACAUCAACGGCCUGCCAGCGUCUGUGCGCUGGAUACCCAAAUACAGUGGCAUUCUGAUGAAGGACCGCUGUAAGCUCUUCUGUCGAGCCGCAGGGACGAUGGCCUAUUAUCAGCUGAGGGAUCGUGUUGUGGACGGGACGCCGUGUGGACCAGACACUUACGACAUCUGUGUGCAGGGACUCUGCAGGCAAGCAGGCUGUGACCACGUUCUGAACUCGAAGGCCAGAAAUGAUAAGUGUGGUGUUUGUGGAGGAGAUAACUCAUCCUGUAAGACGCUCUCCGGCACCUUCAACAACGCACAAUACGGUUAUAAUGUUGUGGUUCGAAUACCUGCGGGUGCGACCAACAUCGACAUAAAGCAGGUCAGCUACUCAGGAUUACCAGAAGACGACAACUACCUCGCUCUUUCUGACAGUCAGUCGAACUUCCUCCUGAACGGGAACUUCGUAGUGUCCAUGUUUAAAAGGGAAAUCAGCUUUAAGGGAUCAGAGAUCGAGUACAGCGGCUCUAACACUACGGUGGAGCGAAUCAACUGUACACAGCGCAUCGAGGAGGAGCUCGUGCUGCAGGUUCUGUGUGUAGGAAACCUGUAUAAUCCAGAUGUCAGAUAUUCCUUCAGUAUUCCCAUUGAGGAGCAGCGGGAGCAGUUUAUAUGGGAUCCGUCAGGGCCGUGGCAAGAGUGCAGUCGCAUGUGUCAAGGUGAGCGGCGGCGUAAGGCUGUGUGUGUUCGUAAAAGUGAUCACCUGGUGGUUUCGGAGCAGAGGUGUGAAUACCUGCCUCGACCCAGAGGAACCAUGGAGCCCUGCAAUACUGACUGUGAACUCAGGUGGCAUGUGGCAGGCAGAAGCGAGUGCUCCAGUAAGUGUGGUCCGGGUUACCGUACGGUUGACGUGUUGUGUCUGCGCUACAGUCUGAAUAAGAGGCAGAGUGACCGUGUGGAGAGCAGAUCCUGCGCAGAACUGAACAAACCACAGAGCAGAGAGGGAUGCCAUGGAGACUGUCUGCAGAAGAGCUGGCAGUACAGCAGCUGGACUCAGUGCUCCAAGACCUGUGGCCGUGGCGUGCGUACGCGUCAGGCGAUCUGCAUGAAUAAUCUGGGUCGUCGGCUGGUGGAGCGCGAGUGUGAAACACAGCAGAAAGUCCUGAGCGAACCCUGCAGUGAUGUACCCUGUCCCGACUGGACCGCCAGUACAUGGAGUGAGUGUCUGGUGACGUGUGGUAAGGGUGUGCGACACCGGCAGGUGCAGUGCAUUCUGGGAGAUGAGCGUCUGAGUGAGCAGCGAUGUGACCCCAACACCAAACCCUCAGCGGUGGGCAGCUGUACACUCCCCGAAUGUGCGGCCUGGCAGACCGGAGCCUGGAGCCCGUGUACAGUGAGCUGCGGUGCUGGGUAUCAGAUGCGUGCGGUGAGGUGUGUGUCCGGAGCGUACGGAGAAACACUGGAGGACAGAGAGUGUAACGCUGCCGCCAGACCCCGAGACACGCAGGACUGUGAGUUGUCUGUUUGUCCUCAUGUGGCGUCAGUCUUCAACACACCCAGACCUGCAGAAGCGUCUCAGCUGCGCACACAGUGGAGAUUCGGCUCAUGGACCACU